AUGAGAGAAAUCAUUCAUAUCUCGACGGGUCAAUGUGGUAACCAAAUUGGUGCUGCGUUCUGGGAAACUAUCUGUGGUGAACACGGUUUGGAUUUCAACGGAACAUAUCACGGCCAUGACGACAUCCAGAAGGAGAGACUGAACGUGUACUUCAACGAGGCGUCUUCUGGGAAGUGGGUUCCAAGAUCUAUUAAUGUAGAUCUGGAGCCUGGGACGAUUGACGCAGUACGCAACUCCGCCAUCGGGAAUUUGUUCAGACCAGAUAAUUAUAUUUUUGGGCAGAGUUCUGCGGGCAAUGUGUGGGCCAAGGGUCACUACACUGAAGGUGCUGAGCUUGUAGACAGCGUCAUGGAUGUCAUUAGACGAGAGGCAGAAGGAUGCGACUCCCUUCAAGGUUUCCAGAUCACACAUUCUCUUGGUGGUGGUACCGGUUCCGGUAUGGGUACGCUUUUGAUCUCGAAGAUUAGAGAAGAAUUUCCUGAUCGUAUGAUGGCCACUUUCUCUGUCUUGCCCUCACCAAAGACUUCAGACACCGUUGUUGAACCUUAUAACGCCACGUUGUCUGUGCACCAAUUGGUAGAACACUCGGAUGAAACUUUCUGUAUCGAUAACGAAGCACUUUAUGACAUUUGUCAGAGGACUUUAAAGUUGAAUCAACCUUCUUAUGGAGAUUUGAACAACUUGGUCUCGAGCGUUAUGUCUGGUGUGACCACUUCAUUGCGUUACCCCGGUCAAUUGAACUCAGAUUUGAGAAAGUUGGCUGUUAAUCUUGUUCCAUUCCCUCGUUUACAUUUCUUCAUGGUCGGAUACGCCCCCUUGACGGCAAUUGGCUCCCAAUCAUUUAGAUCUUUGACUGUUCCUGAAUUAACGCAGCAAAUGUUUGAUGCCAAGAAUAUGAUGGCUGCUGCCGACCCGAGAAACGGUAGAUACUUGACCGUUGCGGCCUUCUUUAGAGGUAAAGUUUCUGUUAAGGAGGUGGAAGACGAAAUGCAUAAAGUGCAAUCUAAAAACUCAGAUUAUUUCGUGGAAUGGAUCCCUAAUAACGUGCAAACUGCUGUAUGUUCUGUCGCUCCUCAAGGCUUGGACAUGGCUGCUACUUUCAUUGCUAACUCUACAUCUAUUCAAGAACUAUUCAAGAGAGUCGGUGACCAAUUUUCUGCCAUGUUCAAGAGAAAGGCUUUCUUGCAUUGGUAUACUAGUGAAGGUAUGGACGAAUUGGAAUUCUCUGAGGCUGAAUCUAACAUGAAUGAUCUGGUUAGCGAAUACCAGCAAUACCAAGAGGCUACUGUAGAAGAUGAUGAAGAAGUCGACGAAAAUGGCGAUUUCGGUGCUCCACAAAACCAAGAUGAACCAAUCACUGAGAAUUUUGAAUAA